GGGCUGUUCGCUUCGUGUGGGUAUUGUCCAACCUGUUCGAACUCGAGCACAAGUCUGACGUCUAUCCGCCUUUGCGAGAACUUUCGUCAGUGGCAACCUCUGUUCACCCUCGGCGAUUCGUACCGAAAGCCCGCUGCUUUGCCUCGCACCCCGCUGCAAGUCCACCAUGAACUCCCAACGAGAGAUCAACAUCAUCUACGUCGGCGCCGGCGCAGUUGGCUGCUUCUAUGCUUCACGCAUGGUUCAGGGCGGAGGAAAUGUCAGAGUCUCCAUGGUCUGCAGAUCAAACUACAAGGCGGUCAAGGAGAGCGGCUUGACGAUGCAAACGCGCAACUUUGGCGAUUACCAUUUUAUACCACACAGGGUCUUUCCGAAUGUGCAAGUAGCUGCGUCUGAGGGUCCCGAUGUAGCGGAGUCGGCGAGUAAUAGCGGGAAGUGGGACUAUGUCGUGGUGACGACCAAAGCUCUACCAGACAUCGUGGACGAAAGUAGGACAAUUGCACCCAUCGUUUCACCACCCUCACCAGACGGCAAGUUUCCGGGGUCAAUUAUCGUUCUCAUCCAGAAUGGUGUCGGUGUAGAGCAUUUACACCGUGAGCGGUUCCCUCAAAACCCUAUCGUCAGCGCCGUCACCGUCAUUAGCGCCGAGCAAGUCUCUCACGGUGUCGUUCGGCAGAACCGGUGGACACGCAUCUCGAUCGGCGCUUUCACGGACGGUAUUGGGGAUCGCCUAGUCUCGGGCGACCAAAAGGCCAAACAGCUUCACAAAGCCGGAGAAGACGCUGUUGCGGAGCUCAACAACAUUUGGACGGCAGGCGGCAUCAAAGACGUCGAGAUGCACGAUGAGAAAGGCCUGCAGCUCGUGCGCUGGCACAAGUUGACCAUCAACGCUAGCAUGAAUCCGAGCGCGGUCUUAUCUGGAGGCACAGGUAAUGCGCGUAUGUCGCUUGAUGCGGAGCUGCGUCGGCAUCUGCAAGGAGUGAUGGACGAGAUCUUCGCAGCGGCGCCUUCCAUUUUGGGGAGGCCGUUCCCAAACUCGCUCGCCACGCCCGAGGUGAUUCUCAAAAGCACUGAGCGAAACACUGGCAGCAAACCUAGCAUGCUCUUGGAUUGGGAAGCGGACCGACCUCUCGAACUUGAAGUCAUCCUCGGCAAUCCGGUCCGCAUUGCAAGGUCGAAGGGCGUGGAGAUGCCUCGCACCCAGUCUCUAUAUGCGCUCCUGAAAAUGGCGCAGACGAGGAAAGAGGAGCGAAAGAAGCAGCAGCCAAACAAGCAGUCGAAAUUGUAGCUGUGAUAUGGGAAUUGCGUGCUUCUCUCUGCUUAUCUAUGCUACAGGUUGUAAUUGUGUCUAUUUCAUGAUCCCAAAUCGCCUGC